AAUUAAUUUUCCAAUCCUGAAUUAGAUGUUGCAUUAUUCCAUUGAAACAGUGUGAUUCCAUUUCCAACAACUUGUGUUCUCCUCUGAUGUUGAGGUAGUUAGGCAGUUAGGCUUAGAUUUCAUUCGUACACACUAGAAGACACCAUGUCUGGCCUCAGUACUCUGCGUCGACUCUUCACCGCAAAACCCUCCUCCAUCACCGCCGCCACAACCACAGCUAUCGAAUCCGAAUCCAAGUACAAGCGCAAACGUGGACGCGUGACGCCAUCUUUCCGCACGCUCCCCAGCGACUACGAAACGCCGGAAGCAAUGCGAAACGUGGUAGACAAGUUCAAGAGGCUUUGCAAAAACAAGUACUUCCGGCGAAGUGUUGGCAUCUACACCGACGUUGUACGCAAGCUUGCGAAGGCCAAGGCCUUCCCUUUGAUCGAAGAGAUCAUUGAAGCCCAAAAGCAGUACAAGGAGAUUACCACCGAGGGCUUCAUUGUUCGCCUCAUCAAUCUCUACGCCAAAGCUGGCAUGCCUGACCACGCCCGCAAACUGUUCGACGAAAUGCCAAACCACAAUUGCUCUCGCAAUAACUUGGCUUUCUCUUCCCUCCUCAACGCUUACGUCGCUGCUGGGCAAUACGACGUUGCCGUGGGCCUUUUCCGUGAAAUCAGCGCCAAAUAUUCGAUUCAACCCGAUGUGGUGUCGUUUAAUGUUUUCAUUCACGCAUUGUGUAAGAUGGAUUAUUUGGACUCUGCUGUUGGGGUUCUUGAUGAGAUGGAUGAGCUGGACUUGGAGCCUAAUUUGAUCACUUUUAAUACUCUGCUUGGUCAGUUUUAUAAGAAGCGUGGGUUUGAUGAGGGUGAGAAGAUUUGGACAAUGAUGAAGACGAGGAAUGUUGAGCCUGAUGCUGUGAGUUACAGGCUGAGGAUGGGUGGGAUGGUUGGUGAUGGCAGAUUAAAGGAUGCCGUAGAGUUGUUUCAUGUGAUGAAGUUGAGCGGGGUUAACCCUGAUGUGCAUUGUUUCAAUGUGUUGAUUCAAGGGUUUUUUGGUGAUGACAAUGUUGAAGAAGCCAAGGUUUGGUAUGAUGAGUUGGUGAAGAGUGAAUGCGAACCUGUUCGAUCUACUUAUGUGACUCUUGCGCCAUUUUUUACAGAGAAGGGUGAAUUUGAUUUGGCUUUUCAGCUGUGCAAAGAGGCUAUGAAAGGUGGUAGAUUGGCUAUUGAUGCAGAGGCAUUGAAGCAGGUGGUUGAGGGGUUUGUUGCCAAUGGGAUGAUUGAAGAAGCUACUGAGCUUGUCGAUCUUGCGGGGAAGAAGAAGUUGGAAGUUUGAUUUGGCCUUUAACAGGGAUUAAAAACCCACAUUGGUUAAGGAAGCGGUUUUAAUAGUCUUUAUAACUUACAGUGUGAGAUAAUUCUUCUCCUUUCAGCUAGUAGCCUACUACUAUGUAGGACAUGUAUCUGUCAGGAAUGAAGGCGAUGUUGGAUUUUUGCUUAUGAAGCGAAUUUUGAUGCUUAUACUCGUUCCUAUUAAA